GAGAGAGUGAGAGAGUGAGAGAGACAGAGAGAGAACUAUUCAUUCGUUCCAUUAUUAUUAGUAGUAUUAUUCGAUCCAUCAUCAUCCUCUUCCUCUUCUUCUUCCACUUCUUCACCUUCUUCACUUCUUCCUUUCUCUCUCCCUCCGCUUCUUCUUUUCUUUCCCUGUUACUCAACCCACCUCAUCCAUCUAUUUCUAUUCCUCCCGCCUAGUGCGCCUGGCUGAACUACUCCGAUCCCUUUCCCCGGGUUCCCUUGUUUGUUUUCCCCCCCGAUCUUAAACCACCGAGGGGUCAACUUCACCUCAUCUUUCUUCCUUAUUCAUUGUUCAUUGUCCAUCACCACACACCACUCCUCCCUAGCCUAUUCUCUUCGCCAUGGCGCAAAUUCGUGGCACUGCCGGCUACAAUCUCGGCCACCAGAACCCCUUUGGUGGUCCCGGUCGAGCCGAAGCAACAAGCGACCCGAGUCCCUUGGACGCUAUCCGGGAGCAAACCAGCAAGAUUGAGGACUGGCUCGACACAAUGGCCGAUCCCGUGAAGCCGUAUCUUCCCGCCAUUGGUCGGUUCUUGAUUGUCGUGACCUUCCUCGAGGACAGCCUUCGUAUGAUCACUCAAUGGAACGAUCAACUUCUGUACCUGCGUGAUUAUCGGAAAAUACCAUGGGGAAUUACGCAUACCUUCCUUCUCGUCAACAUGAUCGCCAUGUCCGUCUGCUCCGUUCUGGUCAUCGCCCGCAAGCACACCGAGUUUGCGGUCGCCGGUUUGCUGGUCGUGGUCGUCACGCAGGGUCUCGGAUACGGAUUGAUUUUCGACCUCAACUUCUUCCUUCGCAAUCUGAGCGUGAUCGGUGGUCUGCUCAUGGUGCUCUCCGACUCGUGGGUGCGCAAGAAGUUCGUUCCGGCCGGUCUGCCCCAGCUCGAUGAGAAGGAUCGCAAGAUGUACGUCCAGUUCGCUGGUCGCGUGCUGCUGAUCUUCCUCUUCGUUGGAUUCGUCUUCUCCGGCCAGUGGAGCAUGUGGCGCGUAUUGGUCAGCUUGUUUGGCUUUGUCGCAUGUGUCAUGGUCAUUGUUGGAUUCAAGGCCAAGUGGAGCGCUAUUAUUCUGGUCGUUCUGCUGAGCGUCUUCAACGUGCUGGUCAACAACUUCUGGACGCUUCACCCCCACCACCCUCACAAGGACUUCGCCAAGUACGACUUCUUCCAGAUCCUGUCUAUUGUUGGAGGACUCUUGCUUCUGGUCAAUAUGGGUCCCGGUCAGCUGAGCAUGGACGAGAAGAAGAAGGUCUACUAAACGACGGACGAUCAAGCCCGACGACGUCGACGACUCGGCUGCCGUUCGAAUACGGCCAUGUGUGCGCGUGUAUGACGCGGGAACUCUCCCAGGCUCUGGAGACGACCCUUAUCUAUACGAACUGUUUUCUCUUCUCUCUUCCACUUUUUUUUCCUUGAUAGUUCUUGGAAAAGAAACACAUCAGCUUCUCUAACUUACCUACUACUCUUGACUCCCACCCAUGGAUACCACUACUAUCACCUCCCCGGUCAACGGAUAAACAUAACCUCAAAAUCAAAUAUCAAAAAGGAAGAACCCGGAUUCUGUGUCCAUGAGCUCGAUUAGCUACGUGUGCAUGACAAUGUCUAUUGCAUUUAUUUGUUCCUCUAGUUCUCUUCUACCUUACCGUCGGGAUGCUCUGCAUAUCUGCAUACCAGACUCUGGGAG